AUGGAAAAUGACGAACCGCACAUGCGUGGUACGAGUUUGGGACGUCGAUGUGACGCAUUUCUGAAGAGAGAAUUACGCAUUGUUUUGCUUGACAUCACUGGUGCUGGGAAAAGUGCAUCUCGGAAUGCUAUUCUCGGAAACAAAAGCUUUGUAUCAAAGGUCUGUGCCUUGUCGAUCACAUCACAAUGCUUGGAUAAGAAGGCUACGCGUUUUGGCCAUGAUAUCGUGAUCAUCGAUACACCUGGUUUCUGUGAUACUCACCGUCCAGAGAAGGAAAUAACCGAGGAGAUUGUCAAGUGCAUUGGACUGUCAUCACCAGGUCCCCACGCCUUCGUCGUGGUUCUUAAAGUUGGAAGAUUUACCAAAGAAGAGCAAGCUACAAUUGCUAAAGUUAAAGAAGUAACUGUGACAAAAUAUCUGUUCGUGCUCUUUAUUCGACUUGAGGAUCAGGAAGCACACAAUAUGACCUUAGAGACAUUUCUGGACGAGACUGAUGGUGAACUCAAAGAACUAAUCAAUGAAUGUGGCGACAGAUGUACAGCAAUAAACAACAAUGAAAAGGAUGCUAAAGUGAAAGAAGGCAAUGUUAAGAAGCUGAUAGAUAUGAUAGUGUCCAAUAUAGAAAAAAAAGAUGGACAUUACUAUACACCAGCUGUGAUGGAAGCAGCAGAGCAACUUGUCCUUAAACGUCAAGAAGAACUACCAAGAAAGAACGAGGAAGAAAUUUGCCAGGAAAUACACAAAAUAAAGAGGGAGGCAGACGAAAAGCUUGCACAGCUUGAAAAAGAGUUGCAAAAGAAACAAGAAACAUUGAAGGCACAGGAGCUUGAAAAACAACGAGAACUUCAUGAGGAAGAGCUUAAAAGAAUCGAAGCUAAACGGACGAAGAAGAGAAGAGGUUAA